AUGGCAGUUCCUCCAGCCCCUGACAGGCGAAAUAUACUUAUCACCCGUGCUUUACCGUUCGUGAACAAUGUUCUACACCCUAGCAAUAUAAUAGAAUCUGUUCUGUUCGGAGAUACCUUUGCAAGUUGCUGCAGAGGCAAAGCCCUCGCGGAGAAGUGCAUGCCACAAGAGUUCUGUGAUAAAUACCACGCAAUUCAUACAAAGAUAUAUCACCCCCUUCCGUCACUGAGGACGAACCCCCAAAACCAAAGCAACUUCUUGAGCCAUCUUCACUCUGAUAUCGAAACACUCGAUUCGAUACCACGAACUCGAGACAUCGUCAACCUAUCCAUGACGUCAAAGACUUCAUCACUCUUAAUACCAAAAGUCUAUGGCAAGAUUGUUAUUUCUGCAAGAGACGGUAUAGCCGACUCAUCCUCCUCUACCCUGCCUUGGUAUCUGGGCUGUUGUAUCCCCAGAGACAUGAUAAAUGGUGAAAGCUCUAUUAUUUUGCAACAGCGGUGCAUCCAGUCGCUUUCAUUUAUUACCGAUGGCACAUGUGAGAACACUGAGCAAAACUAUCCUGGAAUUCUUGUGAGGAGCCAGCCAUUUUACCUACUUGCGUCAUCUGUCGUUAUCAAUAUCUCCUUUGAAGGAGUAUACCGCGAGGCUGUCUCUAUACUGCCUAUUGAAAAGCUGCGUUCAUUGAGGCUUCAGCAAUGUCCCUACAUGCUAGGCUUUCUACACGAGCUAGUGCAAUCAGGCACCGUUAUCGAGAUUCGGUCUCUUGAAAUCGUUAUGGAUAUCGGGCAUAGGGACAUCAAUUAUACUGUCGAUGGAAAUCCGAUAGAGUGGUUUUUACUAGCAUUCGACGGCCUUGAAGAGCUCUAUAUUUCUAUCUCGGACCAACUACAUCGGAUCCUGACUAUUACAUUGAAGCUGCUGAUCUGCCAUCGGUUGUGGAUUUCUGCUAGGUUAGGUGCUAAAAAUAUCGAGUGUGCCCCCCUGCCUUGGGAGGGUGUCAGGGGCCAAUCUGUUUACUUCUAUUCCUUUGGAAUGUAUUGGAUUCUCCACAAAUAUAUCCAACGGGGUGGGAGCCGAUUGUACGGCUGCACGCGUGCAAACAUUCAUUUCCGCACAUCUUAUCCCUUUGAUUCUCCUAGGCCAGUAGAUCUUGCCGCGAUACUAGAAUCGGCACUGACCGAUAGUUGCUCUCUGAAUCCGCAACAACAGGAUACCUGCACCUACAACUUUUCCAUCACUGUGAAAGACGUAUCAGAUCUCGCAAACUGGGAAUUUAGGCCUACCGGGUUUCCUAAUUUAUUAAUAAUUACAUACGGCGAUUUUUCGGGCAUCGGUCUACCAGGACGGACUAAGAUAUUGUUGUGUCGAAACUCCUCUCAGAGUGGCUGUUUUAAUAAUAAUGUUACCUCGACCUCAGCGUUGCAGCCUACCUAUUUCUGGGUUAUGAACUCAAACGAUGACCACCUGUUUGAUCAUAUUGAGGAAGGACGCGAAAUGCUAUGA